AUGCCCGCUUUCGCCCGAAGGUCUCAAAUUGCUUUCGCCGGUCUUUCUGCCGAGCGUCUGAGCAAGUGGGGUCCCAGCCUUGUCUUCUGGGGUGUCGGUGCCGGCUCGUUCGUCAGCUUGCUCCUCUCCGAAGUUCCUCUUUUCCAGAAGGACAUUCUCCGAAAGGUCCCCGUUGUCGGUCAAUAUUGGGUUGACACCGUCCCCGACAGCGACAAGCCUUUCUAG